CCGCCGUUUAAUGUGAAUCUUGGAGCAAAGGAGACCAGUAAUGAGCGCAAGCAAUGAUGGAUCAGUUCUUAAAGAUGUCGUUGCCUAUGUUGAUGUCUGGUCAUCUGACAAAUCAGCAAACUAUUCAAAAGCAUUCAUCCAGCAGCUACAGGAAAUGGGAGCUCAGAUAUCAAAGACAUUCAAUAAACAAGUCACACAUGUCAUCUUUAACAAUGGUCAUCUAGCUACAUGGAGGAAAGCCAAGAAAAGUCACGUGAAGCUUGUCUCUGUUCUUUGGGUGGGCAGAUGUUAUGAUGACAGAGUGCAUGUGGCUGAGGAGUUGUAUCCAGCAUCAAAUGAUGAAAGCAAUCCUGUGCUGAAGAACAAAAAACAUCGUUGCAUGCUGCCUAAAGAUUAUCCAGAGAAGACUCCUGAAAAUGACAGGCGCAUGAAGAAGAAGCUGGAUAAGAUGAUGAAAGACCUACCUCCAAAACCACCUCUAGUCACAGAUGUGUCACCAAUCAUUAUUGAUGAAGAGAAUGGAAUAGUCUACAGCCCCGGGUUGAAGAGGUCGGAUUAUAUGGCACAGCGAUUGAAAUACAUGAAAAAGAAACGGGAGAACCCCUCACCUACAGCCUCACAAAUGGUGGAGUCCUGCUCACCCCUGGCGCUGAAGCCUUCCCUUGGGAGCACACCGACUGUCCUCAAACAAUUGUAUGACCAGUCAGAUGAUGAUUCUAGUGCUUCUGUUGCUGAUCUUGGUUACUCACCAGAUAAAGAAGAAGGGAGAACACAACUUCACGUUAAAGACCACGGCCAUCUUGAACAGCCUCUUGGAAAGGACUCAAAAAGGCCCUGGCUGUCACCCUGCCGUGAUGUGCCACAACAGAUAUCUCUAAGUCCUUUGAAAUGUCCUGACUUCGAGUAUACACCGGAAGAGGGGAGUCGACGACAAAAGACAAGGAGGACCUCAAUUAGAAACAAGUCAAUAGACAAAUGCAAAGAUGUAGGUUUAUUAGAAAGUCCUCGCCAGGGGAGGAGAUCUGAUGACGGCAAGGACAUUUGCAAAGAAAAAAGGCGAUCACAGAUAAAAUCUUUGAGUCCCGCUGCUAAAAAAAAUGAACAGUCGCCUAACAUAUCUGAAAAGGGAAAGCGAAGAAGUAAAUCAGCAAAAUCCUUUACAGAGACUAAGACACCUGUUUGUCCCGAUACUGUGAACUCUUCUGGUCGCCUCUCAUCAACAGCCACAUUAGCUGCUGCUGCUGCUGAACUAUCAAAAGAAACCACUACUUCAUUACAGAAAGUGGACCAGAAAACAACCAAACGAGCCAGACCAUCGUUUUCUGCCCUGGUGCAGUCUUUCACGUUGCCCACUGAAUCCCAAAAUGUGGCCUCAGUUUCCACUGAUAGAGAUGAUAAUGUGUUUGAGGACUAUUUCUCUCCAGCUAACCACCACAAGAAAUCACAAAGGCCUCUUUUGCGUAAUCUAUCUUUGGGGAGAGACAUUCAGGUUCCUUUUGAGUUGGACCCUGUCCCUAAGAAAAGAAAGCAAAGAAGAAGCGAAAGCACUGGAUUAGAAACUAUGAAAAAGAGGAAACUAGAGGAAAGUCAAAGUGACAAAACUCACAAUCAGCAGUCUGAUGCAAACACUGAGCCUAAAAGUCAUCCCCAACAGGAUGAUAAAAAAUCUCUGAUCAAAGGCAGAAGACAAAGUUUAUUACCGUUUAUAAGCACCAGUGAAACAACUACUGAGCAACAAAAACGGAGAAAGUCAUCCUCUGUGCAACCAGCCAAGAGAACGGAGGAUAACAUAGAACUGAAGCUGCAGACAGACUCUGAUGUUGAUGACCUUUCUCACACGUUGGAAAGUAGAGGAAAUGAACGUACAGAUGCAGCUGGUUUAGCAGAGAUCCCCUCUGAAGACGAGGAGAAUCAAAAUAAGCAAGUCGGCUUGGAUCUUCAGAAAAUGAUCAACAAGACAAAGGUAACAAAAACAUUAGUCAUGACGAGCAUGCCCACAGAGAAGCAGAGCACAGUGAUGCAGGUGGUGAAGACACUGGGUGGAUUCUCUAUCGUUGACCGAGUGUGUGAGAGCACAACUCAUGUGGUGUCUGGGGGUCCCAGACGGACUCUCAAUAUUCUGUUGGGCAUAGCUCGUGGCUGUUGGAUCCUCUCUUUUGAAUGGAUCCUCUGGUGUUUGGAGCAGAGGCAGUGGAUUCCAGAGGAGCCAUAUGAGCUCUCAGACCAGUUUCCUGCAGCACAGAUCUGCCGUCUCCAGAGGCACCUGUCUGCUGGGGAGCACCAGCAGGACCUGUUCCAGGACCAGCCAGCCAUGUUUGUGUCCCAACACUCUCAGCCGCCCACUCAGAGUCUGGUGGAGCUGAUCCAGCUCUGUGGAGGAACGAUCUGCAAAACUGUGCGGCAGGCAGGUAUCUGCAUCGGGAAGUACAGCGGCAGGAGACCAGAGGGAAGCCGGAUCCUGUCUGAACAGUGGGUGCUCGACAGCAUCACACACCUGAAGCAGCUGUCAUAUGAUAACUAUGACUUGGAGUAAAAAGCGGAAUAAUAUUUUUUGAGCUUAGUUGUAUACAUGUUGUGCUGGACUCCGUCUUGUCACAUCCCCUCCGUUUCCACCAUGCAGUGUUCCUGUUGAGCAGGUUUAUCACCUUUCUUUGAACAAUGUGUUCACGGGUUCACAGGUACAUAAAUGUUCUGUUUCAAAGACUUUUAGCCUCUGGUUACCAUGGAAACCUAUAACUUCACAGGAAUGUCAACCAUUAACUGAUGUGAACACUGUAAGUUACUUUGAAACAUGAAAUUGAAUAGACUUUGAAUGCAUGCCGUAUGUUUAUUCCUUUAUUCUUAGUUUUUUCCUAAAGUAGAAACCACUACUGUGUAACCGAUGUGUGUUUUGUGUGUGUUUGGCAACAAGAUGUGAAAUCAAGCCUUUUAACUUGCAAUGUGACUUUUAAAAUACCAUGAGCCAUUUUAACACACUUUGUCUUUUAAUGUUUUGUGAUGUCAUUGUUUUUUUUAAAUGUUGAUUUUAUGAUUUGUUUUUUUGUAUUUCGUGUUAAAUAAAGACUGGUUUAAGA